UGUAUGCAGUACCUGAAGGAUACCAAUAUCCUCUUCAUUGGAGGGUUAAUGGUGGCCAUAGCGAUUGAACACUGGCAUCUUCACAAACGGAUCGCCCUGAGAACCCUCAUGCUUCUGGGUGUCAAACCAGCUCUGUUAAUGUUGGGGUUCAUGGCUGUGACAUCAUUCCUAUCAAUGUGGAUCAGUAACACAGCCACGACAGCGAUGAUGAUCCCCAUCAUAGAGGCAGUGCUGGAGCAGCUCAGCAGCACUGAUGUGGAGGCAGAACAAACCGAUUUGGAAAGUGGAGGGCCAACCAAUGACUUGGAACUGGAGACAAAGAGCUCCAAAAAUGAACUGGACUCGUCAGAUCUGAUUUCUCCAUCACUCGAGGGAAUUGAUACUGAUCAGAACGGAGACAGUCUCCCAGUUACCAUACAACCCAUGAUGAAGAGGGAGGAUUUGAAUAUGUAUAAAGCUCUGACCCUGUGUGUCUGCUACGCAGCCAGUAUAGGGGGUACGAGCACUCUAACUGGCACUGGCCCCAACUUGGUGCUGAAGGGACAACUCAUCCAGAUUUUCCCAGAAAGCGGAGAAGUGGUUAAUUUCGCCUCGUGGUUUGCAUUCUCGUUUCCCAACAUGCUGAUUAUGUUCAUUCUCUGCUGGUUAUGGCUGCAGGCGUUAUUCCUGGGACUCAAUUUUCGGAAGCUGUGGGGCUGGCGAAUCCCAGUUACCCCAAAGGAGAAGAGAGCUAAUGAUGUCAUUGUGAGAGAGUACAAGAAGCUGGGGCCAAUGUCCUUCGCAGAGAAAGCUGUGCUCAUCCUCUUCGUCCUGGUGGUACUGCUCUGGUUCACACGGGAGCCUGGCUUCGUCCGAGGCUGGGGAUACCUCUUCUUCAAGGGCAACGGCAAAGGGUGAGUAUUGGAAACAAGG